AUGCAGAAGCAGAUCCACGAGACUGAAGAUGUGAUCGCUUUGAGUGACGAUGAAGAGGAAGAUUGUGUGAUAAUUAAUGAUUCAUUUACUGCUAAACUAAACAAAUUGACCGAAAGUGGACAAAAAUCUCUUCCGAAACGGUCUUAUUCUCCAGAAUAUACCUCACAAUCAUAUAUACCAUUCUUAGAGCCGAGCACUUCAUCUGGCAUUAGAGGCGCUUCACGACAAACUCAUAAAACCGCAAACUCUUCGCACAAUAUUGACGGCUAUUCAUCCCCUUCUUCGUCGAAUAGAAAUCUCUAUAACCCGUCGGUUGAGUCAACCUCUAUCUCCUUGAGCUCUAAUCGGUUUAACAGUACAUUUGAGCCAAAAAUUGAUGAAGAGAUACCGUUCAUAUAUAACGAUCCAAAGCCCUCAACAUCUAGUGAUACAUUAGUUGACAGUUCGGACGUUAAUGACAUCGAUUUGAUCUCCGAAUGUGUGAAACUGGAGCGCAAUGUUGUGAAGAAUGUGUUGAAUCUAAUUGAAGACCAGUGCACCGUUCCCUUCAUUGUUAGGUACAGACAGUCGGCCAUCAGUGGCAUCGAUGCCGACAAAGUUCGACGAAUUAAUACCAUUUAUAAUGACGUGAAAAAAGCCAAAGAAAGAGCCAAAGAG